AUGGACGCGGUUCCCAAUCCACCGCCAGCUGACCAAGCUGUGCGUGAAUCUGCGAAACGAACCGUUGAGUUGUUUGGAUCCGACUAUCUAAUGGCAACGCCCUCGACAUUCGGAGAUGGUUCAAUAGGUCUCUCGUAUCGAAGAAAAGCCGAAUAUGAAGACGUCAGAGAACUCCCCAAGUCCCUCGCCGAAAAACAGGCAAAAGCAACUGCCUCGCGUACAAAGCGCCCGAAGAUCUCGGGUCAGGGUCAGCAAGGUGGUAGCUCACAGGCCCUCGUCAAAGCGACUCAGACUGGGCCAUCGGCUGGCGAAAACCAAAGUACAAGCCUUAUUGCGCGCCCCACGGCGACACCACAGCAACGGCCAGACUGGCAUGCUCCUUGGAAGCUGAUGAGAGUCAUUUCGGGUCAUCUAGGUUGGGUACGAGCCUUGGCUGUAGAGCCCAAUAAUGAAUGGUUUGCUAGUGGUGCAGGUGAUCGGACUAUCAAGAUUUGGAACUUGGCCACCGGUUCGCUACGUCUUACAUUGACCGGCCAUAUAUCGACAGUGCGUGGUCUUGCGGUGUCACCUCGUCAUCCAUACCUUUUCUCUUGCGGCGAGGACAAGAUGGUCAAAUGCUGGGAUUUGGAAGCGAAUAAAGUUAUUCGACACUACCAUGGUCAUUUAAGUGGUGUCUACUCGCUUGCUAUACAUCCAAAUCUAGAUGUUCUCGUUACAGGAGGUCGUGAUGGUGUUGCUAGAGUAUGGGAUAUGCGAACCCGGAGCAAUAUUCACGUCCUAUCUGGCCACAAGGGCACCGUCGCCGAUGUCAAGUGUCAGGAAGCCGAUCCUCAGAUUAUUACCGGCUCUCUAGAUACAACCAUUCGUCUAUGGGAUCUCGCGGCAGGCAAGACUAUGGGAGUAUUGACACAUCACAAAAAGGGUGUACGAAACCUUGCUAUACAUCCUAAGGAAUUCACAUUCGCGAGUGCUAGCACGGCCAGCAUUAAACAAUGGAAAUGUCCCGAAGGCGCAUUUAUGCAGAACUUCGAAGGCCAAAAUGCCGUCAUCAACUCAAUUGCUGUGAAUGAAGAUAAUGUGCUUUUCUCCGGCGGCGACAAUGGGUCCAUGUCCUUCUGGGACUGGAAGACGGGUCAUCGAUUCCAAUCCCUUGAUACAACAGCACAGCCAGGAUCUUUGGAUGCCGAAGCUGGCAUCAUGUCGUCCACCUUCGAUCGCACGGGGCUUCGGUUGAUUGUUGGUGAAGCCGAUAAGACGAUCAAGAUCUGGAAACCGGACGAUGAAGCUACUCCAGAAUCACACCCAUUGGACUGGAGACCGACUUUGGGCAGACAAAAAUAUUAA